UCGUAACAAACAUAGAAAUGGAUUCUUGGGAGUACUCACGCUCACGCUCACGCUCAUGCUCAUGCUUUACAUUUUUUUGCGUCAUGAUUAUGUUUCUUACGCUUUUACUUUUUUAUCCUAUAUUUAGGUCUUAAGAAACGAAAAACGACUAAAACAACUCCUUGUUGUCCUCUAAAUAAAUCUGUAUUCAUAGGAGGCCAACUAAAUGGAAAAAGCAGUCAAGAGAUCAAGGAUUUUAUUUCUACAAAAUUUUCAGUAGGGUAUCCCAUGUUCUUAAAACAUUAGAUAAAUCGUACGGACAUAUUCACUUUGAAACCGAAAAUGAAGCUGGGACUUUCUAACAACGCGUGCAAGGACAAGAAUUCACUUUUCCCGAUGGGAAAAAGACUAGUUUUUUACCUUCAAAAAUGGCUGGGAGUAACGAAUUUACUGUGUAUAAAAUUGAGAACGAAUCACCACAUGGAAAUGGCUCUCGUACCAUCCUCGUUACGCUUAAUGUUGGUGGCGUACUCUACACCACCACCAAAGGAACACUUUUAAAAAAAACGAAUUUUUUUGAGAUGCCUCUUAAUGGAAAUGUUUUUGACACAUUGGAUUAUGAUGGAAACAUUUUCAUCGACCAAAAUGGUGAAUUAUUUAAGUAUGUUCUCGAUUUUUGAGAACAAGUGUUUUACCGAAAAGAACUCUUUACGACAAAUUAUUGCUUGAAGAACUAUUGCUAGAAGCUGAGUUCUAUCACAUCGAAGAACUGGUAACACAAAUAAAAGGGAACAUUAAUCAAAGUUUUUAUUGAUAGACAACUUACAUCGAAAAAAAAAAUUUAUCUACUUUGCUAGUUACUACUAAAUUAUCAUUUAUUUAUGUAUAUGUAGUGUAACUUUAUAUCUGCUAAAUAAAAUCCUCUGAUCUUACAGCC